AUGGAGGAAUACACCAGAGAGCCUUGGUUAGUUUUUCGAAACUUUGAUGAUUUUAUUGAGAAUUUUCAGCCCCUACCGUAUCGGCGAUGAUAUCGGCUCCGCGUUUGCUAUGGGACUUGUGGGUGGCUCGAUUUUCCAAGCCUUCGGAGGUUAUAAAAACGCGGCGAAAGGACAAAAAUUGGUCAGAAAUAAAUGGGAAAAAUGAUAUAAAAUAAUUAUUUUAGGUUGGCAUGUUCCGUGAGGUUCGGAUGAGAAGUACACUGACGGGAGUUCAAUUUGCCGCCUGGGGAGGCAUGUUCAGUACGAUCGACUGUUGUAUGGUUGCCAUCAGGAAAAAGGUGGAAAUUUCUGUUUUGAAGAAAAAAAUAACUUUCUUUUUUCAGGAGGAUCCGAUAAAUUCUAUCGUUUCUGGAGGUUUAACGGGUGCUUUGCUAGCUAUUCGGUCAGGACCGAAGGUGAGGUUUUUUGAAAAUGCGCUGGAUAGUCACAAUUUUUGUUUUAUAUAGAAAUUUUUAAAUAUAUAAAUUCAUAAUGUUCCCUUUUAAUAGAUCAUUCUAUUUUUUCAAUCUUAUACUCGAGGUCUCUAUAGGGGCAACCUUAGAGGCCCUCGAAGGGUUCCCUCUAAGGACCACUUUACCAACCCCUAUAUGGGCUACUUAGGCUUGCAAAAGUGGCCCCUAUAGGGGACGUGCUUUUUGAUAAUUGUUAUGAGUUGUAAGUGAAAAAGCAUUUUCAUGGGAAAAACUGAAUUAUUAAGCGUUUUUUGAAUGAAAAUGAGAGACGUAUCAGACCCUAAACCCCUAUAAAGACCACUUUGAUUUUACACCUAUAGGGGCCACUCUGGAUCUCCUAAGUAAGUGGAGCAAUUUUCCAGGUAAUGGCGGGUAGUGCGGUCCUUGGAUCCGUGAUUUUGGCGAUGAUAGAAGGCGUUGGUCUUGUCACGAACCGAUGGAUGGGCUCUAUGAUGGAUCCCACUGCGCCGCCGGUACGAAUUCUCUUCUAGAAAUUAUAUUUUUGUUGAAAAAAUAACAGUUUUCCGUUUUAUUUACAAAUUUGCUCCAGUUUUUUGUACAGAAACCGCUUUUUCACAUUAUUUUGUCAAGAAUAGGGGAAUUUUGGAGGGCAUAUUUGAAAUAUUUUGACAAUUUUUGAAUCUUCUUAAAAGCUGUUUGAUUGUAGAAUUUUAUUAUGUUCGAAUUUUGAAUUUCAAGUCGUCGCUCAAGCUCCGCCCCUAAUGGCGCGAGAAACUAAUCAGAGAGCGAGCCAUCUACAGAGCGUCUCCGAGUGACGUCAUUGAACUUGACUUUCAGCAUCUGAACAGAUAUUAUGUCCAUAACUUCAAACUUGAAAGAAAAUUUUUCUCCUAAAUCAAGUGUUUUUUCAGCCAGAAGCUCUGGACGACCCGCGAAAUCUGCCGCCUCCAAAGAGCCAAACCGAGCCCGGAGUCGAUUCCUCGAGACCUUUCGGCCUCCCUUCGGCGUUGCCCAACCUUUCCUAG